AUGUCGGCGAACGUCAUCUUGGGGUGCGUGAUGGCGCUGGUCAUCAUUCUCUUUACAAUUAGCUCUAUGGCCAGAUAUUAUAUUAAGUUCACACUGUUCAUCGUCAUGUCAUUAAUAUUCGCCGCAGCACCAAUGACACUUAUGUUGAUCAAGCCAUUCGACCCAAGAAAUGCAUUAAUACCAGCAUUCUUCUUAAGAUGUUUUGCGAGGAUACUGGGUCUACGAUGGAAGGUCAGAGGGCUGGAAAACGUGGACAAUAGUCGGGGAGCAGUUGUUCUAUUGAACCAUCAAAGCAGUUUGGAUCUUUACGCGUUAGCAAUAAUAUGGCCGCUCAUGUCUCGGUGUACGGUGGUAUCGAAGCGAUCACUGCAGUACCUCGUACCGUUUGGCACUGCGACUUGGCUGUGGGGCACCGUUUUCAUAGACAGAGGAGCGAAAAGUGCACGCGAUGCCCUCAACAAGCAAGUCGACGCUAUCAAGAACGAAAAGCGAAAACUCCUCCUGUUUCCCGAGGGGACGAGGCACUCUGGUGACAGACUGUUGCCGUUCCGCAAGGGUGCAUUCCACGUGGCAAUGGACGCGGGCGCGCCCAUACAACCCGUUGUUAUCUCAAAGUACCAUUACCUCGACGGGAAGCGACACAAAUUCGGCUCAGGCGAGUUCAUAGUAUCGUUCCUGCCAAUGAUUGAGACUGAAGGCCUGACGAAAGAUGACAUCGUGUCGCUAGUGGAGAAGACACAACUGAACAUGCAGGAAGAGUUCACAAAGAUCUCGAUGGAGACGUUAGAGCGACGCAACCGAAUCAAGGCUGAUUAG